ACGAUUGACAAUACGCAAUACACAGUGUACAAGCGUGACUUUGUUAUUCAACAUAACGAAGACUUCACCAGUUCACUUGACGAGAUCGUCACUGUCAUGUGUUACUUUGACGCUUCAGGCAUUUCAGUCACUUCCGACAUACGCACUGUCAAUCUGGCCAAGGCUAAUCUGGGAAUCACGAGCAUAAAGGAAGAGUUUUCGCCAGUUACACUUUCUGUCCAAGUUGAUGACGCUACACCUGGCAGCAGCGUUAAUGUCGGACAAAAACUGUCCUUCACCUUAACCGUAGGGUCAGAAUUCAGCAAAUUGUUUUUGAAAGAAGUCAAAUUCAAUAACGGCAAAAUAGAAGCGGAUGAAAUGUACCAAAGUUUCAAAAUUCUUGAAAAUGGAUGCAAAAGUACGAUCAAGGGAAAGGAUGUGUGGAUAGCUCACCCAACUCAUCCAGAUGGCGACAACCGUGUCGUGUUGUUUGAGGUCAAGGCGUUUUUGUUCACCAAGGCUGCUGUUCUGAAAACAAUUUUCACCACGAAAGUCUGUCUUACAAGUGAUAACACCUGUGAUGCC